GAGGAGUCGGCGUCCCCCGAGCAGCCCUGCCAAGAUGUGGAUGGUGUCGCCCCCCUCUGAUGAAGAAUGCCAUGAACUUCCCUGGCUUUGGAAACCCGUCAAGGGCAGGGUGCAAAACACACUAGUAUAUUUCAGUACAUCAAGAAGCUCUUCCUGACGGAGCAAGCUGGCCGGGUCCAGGCGGUGGACUUCCUGCGUAAGAAUGUGGCCAAUUCCAUCUCCAUGGCGAACCUCGUCAUGGGACUGUCCUCCAUCCUGUGCAGCCUCAAUGGGCUGUACCAGCACGCCUGCUGGCUGGUCCUGAUUGGGUUCCUGCUGGACCUUGCCGACGGAGCCGUGGCCAGGCAGCUGAAUGCCUGCUCCGCCUUGGGCGCUAAACUGGAUGACUUUGCAGACUUUACCACCUUCGGCCUGGCUACGGCUGUGCUCUUGCAGGCGCACGGGAUCCUGGAUGGGGUGCUGGCCAUCGUGUAUGUGCUGGCCGUGUUCACACGCUUGUGCUUCUUCUCCAGUGGGGUCCCCUUCAUGUACCGGGGCCUGCCUUGCCCUUACGGCUCCUCUGUGCUGGCUUCCACCUACCUCCUGACCGGGGGCAACCUCGUGGUGAUGCGCAUCGUUGCCAUGGUGAUGUUUCUCUUCAUGGUGGAUCAGGGCUUCUACCCUCACGACAAGGUCCUGGAGUCCCAGGCUUGGAAGAAGGUGGUGUACGCGGGAGGGGUCGUGGUGGUUUUCUUCUCUGCCUUCCCAACAGCCUCGCUCUACUAUCUCCUUUGGUCCAUUUCGUACAUCUUCUUCCCUACUGCCUUGUGGAGCCACAAAGCGUGAGACCAGCCG